AUGAACUCUCUUCCUAUCGCAAUUAAGGCAGUCGUCGGGGAGAGCCAACAAGAACCUCCUCCAUCAACCGGCGAAGAUACAGUGGCUCUUUUAGAUGAUUGCCGAGAAGUCAUUGAACAGAUCUUCGAACGCACUGCGGCUUACCCUGAGGAUUGGUACACAUAUGCCCACAUGUGGCUGGUCUUGAGGGCGCGAAAGACUCAAUACGAAGACAAGUGCAACAUACUCGAGAAGGCGAGGUUGGAGUACAUUAUAACCGAUUUCAAAAAAGUGAGAGACAUACUCACGGGAGCAGCCAAUAACAGGGAAAAGGUCGAACGCGAGGAUAUGCCAGGUCACGAUUCAGAGUUAUACCAAUCGCUAAAAAAUAUCGAACUGAAUCUUGGGGAAGGCUCACCUAUGUCCCUCGCCGACAGAGGCAUUACCUUUAAGGAUGACUCGUCGAUGUCCCUCGCCAAUUUCAGUCCCUAG